AUGGCAUGCCCACCUGUGUCUUUUGCUGUGCAUCCAAGAACGAAAAACAAGGUGAGCCGAAGCAUACGGAGGAGAAAUCUGGCCGCAGGAGGACAGUAUCGCUUAGAUGCCCAGACUCUGGCUGCUCAUGCACUGGAUGCGAUAUUGGAGGAUCCGGCGGCGGUUUUGGCCGAGAGCUUGGUAGUCUCUCACAGGAGGAGACCGGAACGAGACGAAAAUAAUGCUAGGGAUGGGGUCGUGGAGGCUCUGGAUCAUGAGAGGAUACAGGCAUACAGAAGGUGGAAUGUUGGCAAUAUCGAUGCCCCGAGCAGUAGCACGCCAGACGAGGAAAAGGCUUCCCCGGUGGUAGCGCCAGAUCCGCUCAUAACUCCUGCUCCCGAGCUUCCACCCUGCCUCUCAGGUCGCAACUCGCUGGGCAGGCGACAAGACGAUGGACAGGUCCAACAACUGCGCCAACAACUCGAUCAAGUGUCGCAAGCAUCUCGCUCAGUCUCACAGCAAUCUCAGCAGUUGUCUCAACAGUCACAACAGCUGGCCCAGUCCACGUCGCGUCUCAGUCAGGAAUUGCAGCGCGCACAGGAUCAGGCUCGACAGGCGCAAGAGUCUGCCAGGCAAGCCGGCGAACAAGCGCGACAAAAUGCCGACCAGGCCAGGCAGGCGUCAGAGCAGGCCCGCCAGGCGCAAGACCAAGCAAGGAGAGCGAGCGAUUCGGCAUCGGCUGCGCAGAGAAGCGCUGACAGUGCCGUGUCUAUUGCACAGGCGAGUAUAUCAUCCAGUGCCUCGGCGCAGAUCGCCUCCAACCUUGCCAGCGCGACGGCAAGCGCAGCUGCUUCGGCCGCGAGCAUAAUAGCCGCUGCCAGGUCUUCUGCCAACCAGCUCAUGGACCAGGCCGCAAGUGAAGUCUCGGUUGCACGUGCUGAGGCGACUUCGGCUAGGGCUGAGGCCAGCACUCAGAUUUCCCAAGCUCAGGGUGCCGCAGUUUCUGUGACGCAGGCAGCCCUGGCGGUGGUAGGCACCUUUAUCGGUUCAUCUCUGAUCAGCAUUCUUGUCUUUUACUUGAUCCUCCGCUACCGCCGUAAUAGAAUGGCAAAGGAUGAAAAAAAGCGACCGCCCAUAUCAUAUCCGCACUCUUUCCGCAAGGAAGCCAGCGGGCUGGGGGCAGCGUACGGGAGCACGGACAACCUCGUCAGCCGUGGCGGAUAUAACAACAAUGGCUACCCCAACGACGUCAAAGAGCCGCCAUACAAGCCUGCAGGCGCUGCUGCUGGCAGUCGCGAAAAUGCUGGCUACCCCCUGCAGCGCAGCAGCAGCAAUUACGGUGAUCCCGUCGCAAUUGACAACAACACCCCGGGUGCUAGGUUCAGCUUGUUCCCCAAGCCAAGCGUGCAAAGCCCUACAGACACCACAGCCAAUCCCAACGGUGGGACGGCGGCGUUUCCCAGUCUGGACACUUGGUUGAGGGCGGGCCAAGUUAGUCCCUUUGGCACCUUGGCCAAGCCGGUACCGGCAGCAACGGCGCCGACGUCAGCGGCCCAGAAGAACUCUAUGUCAGCAUGGCCUCUAGGAGGACCUGCUCCGGCUGAUUCCGGGCGUACGGGGCCUGUGAUGAAGCCGGGAAACAAGCUUCCAUUCCGGGAUAAUUAAGCCACAGUCGCCCUUUGGACAGCCAGUCGUUCCUCGCAAAUGAGAACAAAGAAAUCAGUACAUUCGCUCAAAACAGGACUAUAAUUUUUUAAGAAUUAGUGUGUAACAUUUUUUAAUCUAUCAUAACGA